CCCGCUCCAUGGAGACAAGGCCCAACGGAUCUCUCAGCCACCAAAAUGAUUUCUUGUGCACUCUUCCAACUAUUCAUAGUAUUUCACUCUCCCUCAACCACUUCUACCUUCAGCACAUACGGCCGGAACUCCACCGCAGCCCCACCGUAAGCCUCUCUUCCCCGCUUCGCCAAUCCGGCGGCGCUCUAGAUUGACUACUAGCUAAGCGUAAGCUUCGCGCUUACUGAAAUCGGGGGACUGGAGAUGGCAGGAAAGUCGAACAAAGGGAAGAGUAGGAAAGUACAAAAUGGCACUGUAACCACUGAAGCUGUGUUGUCAUCCGAUGCUCCUGUAAGUUUGGAGGCUGAUGGAAAUUCAGAAAUCAGUUUAUCAACUGAUACCAAGACUGAAGCCAAAGGUUCUUUGGAUGAGGCUCCAUCCAACCCACCAAAGCAAGGCGAUAUCCUUCUAUACCCUGUUACUGUUAAAACUCAUGGGGGUGAAAAGCUAGAGUUACAACUGAGUCCUGGUGAUUCUGUGAUGGAAGUGAAGCUGUUUCUUCUUGAAGCUCCAGAGACAUGUUUCAUUACUUGUUAUGACCUUUUAUUACACACUAAGGAAGGGCCUUAUCAUUUAGAAGAUUAUAAUGAAAUUUCGGAGGUGGCUGAUAUAACAUCUGGAAACUGCUCCUUAGAGAUGGUUCCUGCGUUAUAUGAUGAUCGAUCUAUCAGGGAUCAUAUUCACCGCACACGAGAACUGUUAUCUCUUCCCAGUUUGCAUUCCUCGCUCUCAACACUACUUGCACAACAGCAUGAAAUGGGGAAACCCACAUCUUUCAAAUCUGGAGAAUUAGAUAACACAGGAUUUGUGGAGAAUAUUUCCUGCUUGCUCUCCAGUUUGUUAUCAACAAAUUCCAAGGAAGUGAAAUGUGUGGACAGCAUUGUGUUUUCUUCGUUUAAUCCUCCUCCCAGUUACAGAAGACUUGCUGGAGAUUUGAUCUAUUUGGAUGUAGUAACACUGGAAGGAAACAAAUAUUGUAUUACAGGAACAACCAAAAGCUUCUAUGUUAAUUCUAGCACGGCCAAUGUUCUUAAUCCAAGACCAAGUAGAACUGGCUCUGAAUCAACAACUCUCAUGGGGAUUUUGCAAACGAUUAGCCCCAAGUGUAAAAAAGCCUUUGGAGAAAUAUUGGAGCACAAGGCCUCUGCACAUCCUUUUGAAAACACUCAAACUCUACUGUCCCCAAAUUCAUGGCUUGGCUACUAUCCCAUUCCUGAUCACACACGGGACGCAGCUAGGGCAGAGAAUGCUUUAACACUUUCUUUUGGAAGUGAACUGAUUGGGAUGCAAAGAGAUUGGAAUGAGGAGUUGCAGUCUUGUCGGGAAUUGCCACAUGUUACACCACAAGAAAGGAUUGUGCGCGAUAGGGCCCUAUACAAAGUCACUUCUGACUUUGUUGAGGCUGCAACUAGUGGCGCUAUUGGAGUCAUUAACAGAUGUAUACCGCCAAUCAAUCCAACAGAUCCGGAGUGCUUUCAUAUGCAUGUCCACAACAAUAUUUUCUUCAGCUUUGCUGUCGAUGCAGACCUUGAGCAAUUGUCAAUGAAACAGACCUCUGAUUCUCUUUCAGAUAUUGAGAGCACAAAUCCUCUUCAGUUGUCGUCUGAGAAAAUCUCCAACACUUUGUCACAAAGUACUUCUGAAGUUCCAAAUGGGGAGAGCUUUCCACACAGAGGUUUUGAAGCACUAAAUCAGGGGAACCCCACUGGUUUUAGUUCAGAUGUCAAUGGAAUGUUGGAUUCAGCCACCAAAGAUCCUGCUGAGAAUCAGUUGGCUGAAAGUGAGCAAGCCACAUAUGCAGGUGCAAACAAUGAUCUGAAAGGCACGAAGGCAUAUCAAGAAGCUGACAUCCCUGGUCUAUACAGCCUUGCAAUGGCCAUAAUUGACUACCGAGGCCACAGGGUGGUUGCUCAGAGUGUUUUACCUGGCAUCCUUCAAGGUGAUAAGUCAGACUCGCUUCUAUAUGGUUCCGUUGACAAUGGGAAGAAAAUAUAUUGGAAUGAAGAGUUUCACUCCAAGGUAGUCAAAGCUGCGAAGCAUCUACACUUGAAGUUGCACACGGUCUAUGAUGGAUCUGGAAAUGUAUUUGAGUUAGCUGCACCAGUGGAGUGCAAAGGUAUUGUUGGCAGUGAUGGCAGGCAUUAUAUAUUGGACCUGAUGAGAGCCACACCUCGUGAUGCCAAUUGUAUUCGUCCAGGCUCCAGAUUUUGUAUUUUGAGACCUGAAUUGAUAACUGCAUUUUGCCAAUAUGAAGCAACAGAUAGGUCAAGAUCAAAAGGCAAGGCUGAAGGGGAAGGGGUUCAAGAGACUAAUGAUUCCUUAAAUGCAAGCAGUGUUGGUGAGAUGCUCAAAACUGAGGACAAUUCCUCAAGCCUAGUCGUCAAGGAGGAAAAUAUAAUUGAAAAUAACAGUGUCAAUGAUUGCGGUUCUCAGACCGAGAACACAGCUACACCUGAGGAGAUACUAUUUAAUCCUAAUGUCUUUACAGAUUUCAAGUUGGCCGGGAAAAAGGAGGACAUAGCUGCUGACGAAGAACUUGUGAAGAAAGCGAGUUUGUAUCUUAAGGAUGUCGUGCUUCCCAAAUUUAUACACGACCUUUGCUCACUUGAAAUCUCACCUAUCGAUGGGAAUGCUUUAACUGAUGCACUUCAUGCCCAUGGGAUUAAUUUACGUUAUUUGGGAAAGGUUGCUGAGGGAACUAGGCAUUUCUCUCAUUUAUGGGAUCUUUGCUCUAAUGAAGUUGUCAUUAGAUCAGCAAAACACAUCUUCAUGGAUUUCUUGAGAGAUACAGAAGACCAUGACCUUGGAAGUGCAAUCUCACAUUUUUUGAACUGUUUCAUUGGGAACAUCCAAAUAGUAUCUACUGAAGUUCGAACAAAUUCUGUGCAUUCUAGAAACAAAAAGGGCCAUCAUUCUUCAGGGAAGUUUUCCAAGGGCCAGGCGAGUAAUAAACGUGUGGUGCCUGCAAGAAGGAAGCAAUCUUCGUUCAUGAAUCUCACUUCUGAUAGUCUAUGGUCUGACAUCAAAGAAUUUUCAAAACUCAAGUACCAGUUUGAGGUUCCCGAUGAUACGAGAUUACGGGUAAAGACAAUUCCAAUUUUGCGCAAUCUUUGCCUAAAGGUUGGAGUAACCAUUGCAGCUCGCAAAUAUGAUCUUGAUGCUGCCACACCUUUUCAAGCAACUGAUAUUUUGGAUCUCCUACCAGUCGUGAAGCAUUCUAUCCCUAUCAGUUCAAAAGCCAAGAAUCUGGUGGAAACAGGAAAAGCGCAAUUAGCUGAGGGGCUGCUUAGUGAGGCCUACACAUUAUUUUUUGAAGCAUUUACAAUUUUUCAGCAGGUCACUGGUCCGAUGCAUCGGGAAGUUGCCAACUGUUGUCGAUAUCUAGCCACGGUCAUGUAUGAAGCAGGGGAUAUGGCAGGAGCAAUAAUGCAACUUCACAAGGAACUUAUCAUCAAUGAACGCUGCCUUGGACUGGAUCACCCUGACACUGCCAAAAGUUAUGGAACAAUGGCUAUUUUCUACCACGGACUUAACCAAACGGAGCUUGCCUUGCGGCAUAUGUCAAGGGCAUUACUUCUUCUAGGGCUGUCUUGUGGUCCCGACCAUCCUGAUGUUGCAACAACAUUUAUAAAUAUUGCUAUGAUGUACCAAGAUAUUAGAAAAGUAGAUACUGCUCUUCGGUACCUACAAGAAGCUUUAAAGAAGAAUGAGAGGCUCCUAGGAGAAGAUCAUAUUCAAACUGCUUUCUGCUAUCAUGCACUGGCAAUCGUGUUUAAUUCCAUGGGUGCUUUUAAGCUGGCGUACCAGCAUGAAAAGAAGACAUUUGAUGUAUUUGCAAAACAACUUGGAGAGGAUGAUUUAAGGAUGAAGGAGUCUCAGGAAUACAUGAAAACAUUUAAGAUGAAUGAGGUGAAGAUGAAUGCUCAAAAGCAGAGGGACCAAGCUCUAAAUGCAGCUGCUUCGGCUCACAAAGCUUAUGACAUCUUGAUGGCGAAUCCAAGUCUAAUACAAGCAUUUCAAGCUGCCGGUGGGAAGCAAUCUCUGAAUGCUGCUGCACCUGUAGCCCCUAGAGGGGGCAGGGGAGUCGACGAACGAGCUGCCCGAGCAGCUGUGGAAGCAAGGAAGAAAGCCGCUGCGAGGGGUCUUCACCUACGCCCUAAUGCCGCCCGGUCUGGGCAGGGCCCACUUUCUGAAUUACUCAACGCGAUAAGCUCCGGGAACAACACAUCAUCUGCUCUAAAAACCGAAGGGUCCAAUGCAGGAACAAAGAACGGGCAGUCUUCAAACACGCCCGCGGAGGUUAAAGGCGACCAACCGAAACCCGACCCGGUCCCGAUUGGAUUAGGCACUGGUUUGGCAUCGAUGGAUCCAAAGAAGCAGAAGUCUAAAUCCAAGGUAGCUUAAAUUAUUUUAUUUCUCUUUCAGUUUCUCUGCAUAUUGAUGCGAGUUAAAUUUUGGCUUCCUCUCUACUUGGAGGUUGAUUUUUUUCUUUUUUAUUUUUACUCUUAAAAAUAAUAAAUUCGUUGCAUUAUUUGUUACAUUAAAAAUAAAGUUUGGAAAAUUAACAAAAAUCUUGUUGGUUUAGUUGUAUUGUUGAGUUCUUGUAUCGUAUGCCUGGAUUAUGGUAUUUAUUGUACGCCCGUUUACAAGUUAAAGAAUACUCAUUUUGAGCACAUUUAUUUAGAACAUGCAUAUUAUGAAAACAAUGUAUGUACCUUUAAUUGUAUAACUCUUCCAAUCCUAAAACAAUUUUCAUUUUGUUACUAAUUAUUCCAAAUUAAUGAAAGAAUAAGUGGAUG